AUGCCCUUAUUAGAGGCACCUCAAGAUUUAAGUGAAUCCUCUCCAGAUGUAUCUAUCAACCAAGAAGCACCAGCACAAGCAGAGGCACAAGUUCGAGUUUUACCAGUGGCUGCAGCACAAAUACGCUUGCCCACACCGGAACGGCACAUACAAGUAAGUGCAGAAGUUUUACAACUAAACAACAGGAAUCGUGAAAGAAACGUUCGGAUACUGGGCUCAUUUGAUCGUGAUAUCAUAGAAUCUGAAGAAGAAAAUCAUUUUCCGGCAUAUGUACACUUAUUGCCAGUGGUGUUGCCACCACAAGCUCCCGAACCUACUUUAGAUGAGCUGUUGAGACGUGUUACCUCACGCACCGAUCUACACAAUGUGGAAUCUGUUAGAUUGCGUGUUAUCUCCUAUACUUUGAGUUUAUCACAUUUGGCUUUAUUUUUGCCACGUCUUCAACAUUUGGAUUUGAGUGGUUCGGUAUUAUGCUCUUUACGGGAUUUAGGUUUCGGUUUGAUACAUUUGAAUCACUUAAAUGUGAGCAAUUGUGGUCUAAAUAGUUUCGAUGGCACCAGUGGUUUUCCUGCUCUACAUGUGCUUAUAGCCGAUGACAAUAUGAUACAACGUAUAAGUACUUUAACGGAUUUAACAUUGUUGCAACAUUUGAGUGUACGCAACAAUCGUAUUAGUGAAUUAAGUAUGUUGACAUUUCUGGGAUUAUGUGCAAAUUUGAUGGAAUUGCAAUUACAAGGAAAUCCCGUACGUCAUCAACCCUUCUACAGGCAGACAUUACAACGUUGUAUACCCUCGUUGCAAGUGUUGGACGGUGUGGCGUUACAAAAUGAUGAAGUUAACCAGGAAAUGGCAACAAACACUCUGCCAUCUCUGGAUAGUGAUGAAAUUUCCUCAUUAUCCUCAGCCUCAAAUUCCAUAAAGUUGGAUCAACGUCCUGCUACAGCACCCACAAUAAACUGUGAUAGUUCAAAUAAUUGCUCAAUAUCUGGUCAAAGACCCAAUUCGGUUUCGGUAACCUCUCGUUGCAAUUCUUUGUCUUCAGGCUCUCCUGUGAUAGGUUCCGUUGUUGCUUUAGCUCGCCAAAGACCACAUCGUAAACAUCAUAUGGCCAAUGCUUGGGCCUCAUCCGAUAGUUCAUCGUAUUCAACAGCUUCCUCUACUAGUUCGACACGACCUCCUUCUUCUGUUUCGUCAAAUGGUAGUUACGAUUGCAUAUCAAACGCUCAAGCUACUGAGAAAUAA